UGCUUUUGUUGUAACGGAGUUUGGAGGUUGAGAUCAUCAUCGAUUGUGACUGCCUGGCUGGCUGGCGAUGGAGAAUCAUCGCAGGGCGAAGCUUGAUGAUGGUGAAAUUGGAGGAGACUGCGGAGAGAUGAUGUAGGAGACGGAAGAAGAAUGAAUAUCAGUUGUGAUGUUGGUACCAUGGAAGAUACAAUCGAUGAAGAAGAAGAAGACCGUACCCGAAGGUGUGGCAUGAGUCAUUGACCUGCCAGGAAAGAUUCUUUUGGUAUCUUAUUUGGUCUUUGAUGAAUGCAUUAUUAUACUCUCUCUCACACAUUGAAAAUGUCAAACUUGUUUUUGAUCUAAGUUGUCACCAACCAGCUAAGAGACGACUAAUACACUACGCCAACGAACUUGUUUGAUCCCUUCUCAGCUCUCAGCAGCCAACUAUAGCUCUCGAGAUCGUGGUGAAAUUGAAUAACUCUUUUUGUUUUGUUUUGUUGGGAACAAGUCAGUGAUACCCGAAGCUUUCUUUUUUUACACGCAAACGAAACGAGACAAGUCCCCAUAAAGAGUUAAAACUUUCCUUCUCUCGAAAGUCAAAGCCCCCCGGUUCAUUUGAUGCGUUGAUCGGCAAACUUGUGUUCGACUCUUCAUUUCUCUUCUCAAUGCCCUGUUAUCUAUUGAUAUUCAAAAGGAAGUAACCAUCUUUUUUUUUUUAAUGUGUUUGUGGUAGGCAUGGAAACAGUGGGUUAAUUGGGAGGAGAGAUGAUGAUGCAGUGUUUGGAUGCAUUAAAGCACUUCUCCACAUUUCUCUUGACUUGCUGUGAUUCUGAUUUUAAUCACCAUUCCAGGGGUCUUCCGAACCCUAAGGAUCUUGCUAAAGGCACUGUCUUUACUGUGAAUGAGAUUGAAGCUCUUUACGAAAUGUUCAAGAGCAUCAGCAAAGCCGGGCUUAUCGACAAGGAACAGUUUCAGUUGGUACUGUUUAAGACGAACAGAAAGAAGAGCCUUUUUGCUGAUAGGGUGUUCGACUUGUUUGACACCAAGCAUACUGGAAUCCUGGAUUUUGAAACUUUUGCACGUGCUAUUUCGGUUUUCCACCCUAAGGCUCGAUUGGAGGAUAAGCUCGAGUUUUCUUUCAAGCUGUAUGAUCUGAAGCUCCAAGGGUUUAUAGAGAGACAAGAGUUGAGGCAAAUGAUGGUGGCGACUCUAGCUGAAUCUGGCAUGAAUCUUUCUGAUGGCGUGAUAGAGAUCAUCAUAGACAAGACAUUUGAAGAAGCUGAUAGUAAAAUGGACGGGAAGAUUGAUAAGGAAGAGUGGCAGUCUCUUGUUUCUCGCCAUCCCUCUCUGUUACAGAACAUGACCCUUCAACAUCUCAAAGACAUAACAAAGACGUUUCCGAACUUUGUGUUUUACACUAUAGUGACUGACAACCCAUCAUCUUGAUGAUCAUGAGGAAUGUGAAUUUGGAUUUUUUUGUUUGGUGCAAGUUGAUUCUUUUUUUUUCUUUUUUUUUUUGUUGGCAAAAAGAGAUGGUACAAUAUUGUAUGUUGAAUACUUGUUUCUUACUUAACUUCCACUCCAAUUCUAAUUGUAUCUGAAAACUGGCAUUUUCUGAUUUUAUUUUAAAGCAAUUUGCAAAU